AACCCCAACUCCCUUCACCUUCCUUUUCUUCGCUCUCUAUUCAGAUCCGACCGUCCUCCGUCUCUUGAUCCAACGGUCGGCAUGGCUCUAUCGCAGCUUCUCUCUUCUUCUUCACGCUCCGGAAAUCGUCUGAAAUCCCUCUCGUCGGCUAUCUCCCUCCGCCAUCCGAUCUCGACGGACACCACUCCCAUAACCGUGGAGACUUCCGUUCCUUUCACCUCUCAUCAGUGCGAAGUUCCCUCACGCACCGUCCAGACCAAUGCUAAGGAGCUUCUCACCUUCUUCCGCGACAUGGCAUUGAUGCGUCGGAUGGAGAUCGCUGCCGAUUCACUCUACAAGGCCAAACUCAUCCGCGGUUUCUGUCACUUGUACGACGGCCAAGAAGCGGUCGCCGUGGGGAUGGAAGCAGCAAUAACUAAAAAGGACAGCAUCAUAACCGCCUAUCGUGACCACUGCACGUUCAUCGCUCGCGGUGGGACCCUGCUCGAAGUUUUCGCGGAGCUGAUGGGGCGUCAGGCUGGGUGUUCUAGGGGAAAAGGUGGUUCGAUGCAUUUUUACAAGAAGGAUUCGAAUUUUUAUGGCGGUCAUGGGAUUGUCGGAGCCCAGGUUCCCUUAGGAUGUGGCUUAGCGUUUGCCCAAAAGUACUGUAAAGACGAAGCCGUGACCUUUGCUUUGUACGGUGAUGGGGCUGCUAAUCAAGGACAGUUGUUUGAGGCUUUGAAUAUCUCUGCACUUUGGGAUCUGCCUGCAAUUUUGGUCUGCGAGAAUAAUCACUAUGGUAUGGGAACGGCAGAGUGGAGAGCCGCGAAGAGUCCUGCUUACUACAAACGUGGAGAUUAUGUUCCUGGUUUGAAGGUGGAUGGAAUGGAUGUUCUUGCUGUGAAGCAAGCUUGCACAUUUGCGAAAGAACAUGCCUUGAAGAAUGGACCAAUUAUUCUUGAAAUGGACACUUAUAGGUAUCAUGGACAUUCCAUGUCUGAUCCUGGAAGCACCUAUCGAACCCGUGAUGAAAUUACUGGUGUUAGACAGGAGCGUGAUCCAGUUGAAAGAAUUAGGAAACUAAUAUUGUCUCAUGACUUAGCUACUGAGAAAGAGUUGAAGGACACUGAGAAGGAAGUAAGGAAAGAGGUAGACGAUGCAAUUGCUCAAGCUAAGGAAAAUCCAGUGCCAGAUUCCUCUGAACUCUUCACUAACGUGUACGCAAAAGGUUUGGGUGUUGAGUCUUUUGGAGCAGAUAGGAAAGAAGUAAGAGCUACACUUCCUUAAAGAACUGUUGGGAAGCUAAUUCUUUUUGAGUUUUACCGACCAUCAAUCUUGGAAGAAAGAACAAUAAAGAAGCAAAAGAAAAAAGGCUGAACAGCUACAGGUUUGAUUUUGUUGUAUCUGUAUGGAAUACUUGAUUAGAUUAUGGGGCAGAAUUGUUCCAGUUUA